AUGUCUUUGCUGAGUUCUCCGGUAAGAACGUCAGUUUUAAAAAUCUUAAGAAGAUACCAGCAGGUUCAAGCAAAAGUAAAUACUCCCAGCUUGCCCACUGGACCAGUCUUUAGAAAUUCCACCCAUUUUCCAGAUAGAAUAGCAAUUCGAGAUAGGAUUGCCAGUUAUACAUAUGCUAACAUUUUUGUAAGUGCCAAUGAGCUUUCAAAAGAAAUCACAAAUCUCUGCAAUGGACGUACUGGUGAAAGAGUUAUGUUCAUGUGUCCCAAUGAUGUUAAUUAUGUGAUUACUAUGUUUGCUAUAUGGAUGUCAGGACAAAUCGCUGUUCCUUUAAGCCCUCUGCACCCGAAGAACGUCCUUCUUUACUACGCUAAUGAUUCCAACUCAAAACUGUUAAUAUCCGCUCCAGAAUAUUCAGAACUCAUGCAGAAAGUCGUCUCAAUAAACACGAACAGUAAGUUACAUGUACUGGACGAGAAAAUGAAACUGAACUGUGCCCAAAAAACAACAUAUACACAGAGCGAUUUGGAAGGAGGACUGCCCACUCAGUUCUACGAUUCAAACAAUGCGUUAAUUUUAUACACAAGUGGAACAACUGGUUCUCCUAAAGGUGUUGUUAUUUCUCACAAGAACAUUCAAUAUCAAAUAACGACCUUAGUAGACGCUUGGAAAUGGUCCCCGAACGAUGUAAUACUACACACGUUACCGCUCAAUCACAUCCACGGCAUAGUAAACGCUCUUCUGUGUCCCCUGUACGUUGGAGCCAAAGCGAUCAUGUUAAAGAAAUUCAACGCUAACACCGUUUGGUCCUAUAUGCUGGGUAUUAAUGCAAAACCAGAAGAUAGAAAGAUAUCUGUGUAUAUGGCGGUACCGACGAUAUAUUACAAACUUAUUGAAGAGUUUGAAAGGGUAUUUAAAAACGACCCGAAGAUGGUAGAAUAUGUAAAAAACACUUUAAAAACCAAAAUGAGACUGAUGAUAAGUGGGUCGGCACCUAUGCCGGCUACAAUGCACCAAAGAUGGCAGGAGAUAUCUGGGCAUCAAUUACUACAAAGGUAUGGAAUGACUGAAUGUGGAAUGGUUUUAUCACAAUUGUAUGAUUCACAAAGAAAACCCGGUUACGUAGGCGUACCACUGCCAGGAGUAUCCGCUAGAAUUGUUGAGGAAAAUGAAGAAACUGGGGAAACCAAUACUGUUUUGGAAUGUACCAAUGUUGAUGGAGAAUUAGAAUUUACUAAAAAAAUAAACAAAAGUGAAAAUCACAAAGGGGAAUUACUCUUGAAAGGAGACGGUAUUUUCAAAGAAUACUUCAACAGACCAGAAGCCACUCGAAAAGAGUUCACCAGUGACGGUUGGUUCAAAACCGGCGACGUUUCCGAAUACUCAGCCGAAGAUAAAGAAUUUAAAAUACUAGGAAGAAAAUCUGUAGACAUAAUCAAAUCGGGCGGAUACAAGCUGAGUGCCCUAGAAAUAGAAACCAAACUUUUACUACAUCCCGAUAUCUUGGAAUGCGUUGUUGUAGGUCUAGAUGAUGAUAAAUGGGGCCAAAGAGUUGUAGCCGCAGUUGUAUUACCGGAAGGAAAGGACUUAACUUUAGAGGAAGUUAGAGAGUGGGCGAAAGAUAAGAUGCCUCCUUAUUGGAUACCAAGUGUUGUUAAAACUGUUGCUAGUAUACCAAAAAAUGCCAUGGGCAAAGUCAAUAAGAAAGACUUGAUUAAGAAUUGGAUGUGA